CAUCUUUGAAAUCAAAGAUGGCACCAAAAAAGUAUUUUGAUAAGUGAACCGAAAUGGGAAUGUGAUUUAUGUAAAUAAUCAGACAAUAUUAUAAACUAUGUGAUGGUGGGAAAAACACAUGGCGUGCAAGGAAGGAAAUGUCCAACCUCAGCACUUUGUCGAAGAAAUUGAUUACAAUGAAAUAAAAAAGAUACAGGUUGUAGGGAAAGGUUCAUUUGGCGUUGUUUGGAAAGGAAAAUGGCGGAACAUUGAUGUAGCUGUAAAACACAUAGAUUCUGAAGCAGAAAAGAAGGCAUUUGCAGUUGAAGUGAGACAGCUGUCAAGGAUAAAUCAUCCCAAUAUUGUAAAACUUUAUGGUGCCUGCACUCAAAAUCCAAAUCCAGUAUGUCUUGUGAUGGAAUAUGCAGAGGGAGGUUCACUGUACAAUGUUCUUCACUGUCGACCGUUACCUAAAUAUACUGCAGGCCAUGCUAUGAGCUGGGCAUUGCAGUGUGCUAAUGGUGUAGCUUAUCUGCACAACAUGAAACCAAAAGCAUUAAUACACAGGGAUCUUAAACCACCAAACCUUCUUCUUAUAAUGGGUGGAAAAGUACUCAAAAUAUGUGACUUUGGAACAGCCUGUGAUAAGAAAACCUAUAUGACAAACAAUAAAGGGAGUGCUGCUUGGAUGGCUCCUGAAGUGUUUGAAGGUUCAAGCUAUACCGAAAAAUGUGAUGUCUUUAGUUGGGGAAUUAUUCUGUGGGAAGUUUUGAGCAGGCGGAAGCCUUUUGAUGACAUUGGUGGCUCAGCUUACAGAAUUAUGUGGGCUGUGCAUACUGGUGAACGACCACCCCUGAUAGAAGGAUGCCCACGACCCAUUGAAUCUCUUAUGACCAGGUGUUGGGACAAAAAUCCAGCAAACAGACCAUCAAUGGAUGAAGUUGUUCAUAUAAUGAAUGCACUUUUUCCGUUCUUUACUGGGUAUGAUGAGCCUGUACAAUAUUCUUCUGGAGAUGAAGAGUCUUCUCAAGGUAGUGCUCUGCCAGAAGAAUAUGACUCAGAUGAUGAAGACACACAAGCUGAAAUGGGAACAACUUUGACAGAUCGUUCAAAGACCCAAGUCUCUUCAACAUCAACAAUGAAUGGUUCUAUUAUGACACAAGGAAAAACAGAGCUGGUGGCAGAGAGUCUGAAGAAACCUCUACAAAUUGAAGUUGAUCCUUAUCCUUGGACACUGGAACCGAAGGAUCAAGAUAGAGGCAGAAGGUCCACUGAAGGAAUAAGGUUGAGGGAACCCAACCCGUAUAUAGGUUGGCAAUCAGAUGAUGAUAUGAGGAAGACAACACCUGGCACUAUAGAAAUAAUGAAGACAGCUGGGCUUGACAAGUCAGUGCCUGUACAAAAUGCACCAACAAGUGGCAGCAGCAGCACGACACACGAAGAAUUGGACAAUGUGUAUCUAAUGUUGGAUCCUCAGUUGCAUCCUAUUUCUCCAGACAACACAUGUAAGGAAUCUGUGCAAAUCUUCGAGGAGCACAAGCGGCUGGCACAAGAAUACCUAAAGGUGCAAACUGAGAUUGCCUACCUGUCUCGACACAUGGAUCAGUUAGCAGAAAGGCUUAGUGAGGCCGAGGGCCUGAGCCAGUUGGACCAACAGGACUCGGAGCGGCUGCAAGAGGAGUUACGCAAACUUGAAAAUGAAAAGGAAAACCUACAAAAACUUCAUAGGAAUCUUAAACGACAACUGGAACUUAUUAAGGGUCAACGAAGAGAGAGUGUUGGAAAUGAUGGAUGGGUCGUUGUGCCACACCAGGACCACUCUCACUUAACUUAGCUGCUGCUGAGUGUGUCUCCAAGUACUGUAUUUUUAUACCAAGAGUGAAUGUGACUGUAAUGCAUAUAAAAGUGAAAGUAAUAAGUUUGGUCCUCGAUGAUUUGUGUUCCGUUAAUACUACUAAAACUUUUAAUUGCUGACCUGUAAAAAAAGCAUUUAUAGUAUUUUUGUCAGACUGAUGUGUGUAUUUUAUUGUAUCUUAUUUUGUUUUUCAAUGAAAACCGCAGAUUGCCCUGUGGAGUGUUCUUUCUCCAGUCUGCAAGGUGUUUUCAUUUGCUUUGCCUGUAAUUUUCAGCAACAACAUCUGUGACUUGAUUUAUCUGUCAGUUUACAAUUGUAUUGCUCAAAUCCUUAUAUAGAUCUGUUUCUUGUUUUCAUAUUUAUAAAAAAGUAGAAUAUCUUCAAGUGAAGUCAUAUGACUCAAAAGGAAGCAUUCACAAAAUAUUCUUGUGACAACAUGCCAGUUUUCAUGAGGAAGUUAUUAAGGAAAUAAUUACAAUUAAAGUUAGUGGAUUGCACUAAUAUUUAAUGUUGAGUAAGUGUACACAAGAAAGACUGUUGAAUAGUAUUUUUGUGUUUGCUUACAAGAUGACUUCAUGUUAAUUAUAGACUGGACACAACCAUAUUUAUGAAAAAACUAUUGCAUUAUGCUUUUCUGUUGUAUUUAACUGUUCAAGUGACAGGCUUAAUUGUGAGCCCUUUGUUUGUAUUGUCCUGUAAAUGCAGAGGUGUGGCUGGAACAGGUGUAAAAAAAUUUAAGUUGUUAGAGAAAACAAUGGCAAGAAGUAUACCAAACUAGUAAUGGUUUUAGUCUGAUAACAUUUCCUCAAAUGAAGGUUAGCCAAUUUUUAUGAACAAUGGCCUCUUUUUUUAGAGUACUGGUGAGUAGUUUUACACUAAUUUAUUUACAUUAGGCCAUUCAUUUUAUAGGUCACCAAAUAUGAACAGUGGAGACAGAAUGGGGUUUUGAUUAUUGUAAACAAAAUUUUAUACUGGAAUGCAUACUGAUGCAUAAGCAGAAUUGAAGAAAACUGGAGAUGGGAGAGUUUUUGAAAUGUGCAGCCAUCCCAUUAUUUUGUGGCAACCUGCAAGUCAGGGACAUUGCAUAUUGUGUAUGCAAAGUAACUAUGUCAGUUUCUUGUAAGAUUUCAAAAAUUAAACAAGUGGUUGCCAUUUUAAAGCCACUAGAUUACUUUCUAAGCAUGUAGCAAUACAUGACAGUUGGUCUUCAAAUUGAAAUAAUCUGUGGAUCAAAUUAGUAUGAUCUGUAGUUAUAGGAGGAUCAUGCCAAUGCAGUAUCAACAUUCUAAAUACUAAACGUAAACAAAACUAUUCUGUAAUUAUGUUUUAUUUUUGUGAUUUUGUCAAAAUGUGCAUUUGGUUUAAAUAUUUAUUUCAGUAUAAUACAACUCAAAAUAUUCUCAGUGUAAAAGUCAAACCCUUUCUUUGUUACUUAUUUACAGUCAGGUAAAAAUUGUAUGUUUGCUGGCCUGCACUUAGAUUGAACUUUUGUUAUGUUCUUGUUCAUGUAGAAGAAUUGAAACAAGGAAGUUUAUUUGUAGUGGAUUAAGCAAACUUUAUUUCAUAUUUAAUUUUCCAUCUGAGUGAAGCAUGAGAGAUAGUUGUUGCAUAUGUUUUGACCAUAUGGCUCCUGCUGUGUAUGAAGUGAAUUAUAGAACACACGAGUUGUAGAGCAGGCAUACUUGCCACUAAGUCCUGGUAGACAAUACUGAAAACUGAAUUAAAGUAUGUUUGUCAAAGAACAUUUUAUGUUGACAUGCAUUACCACUGUUUAAAGUAAAACUAAUGUGUUUUAGUAAAUGGACUACCGUGUAUUCAUUCCAUAACAGUGCUAGUCUAGUAAAGUGAAGUGAUUUACAUUGUUCAUUGAAUGCACCUGUUUCUGAAACAAUAUGCCAAAAUAUUGACUGAAUUUGACAGUCUACGAGAAACCAUUUAGGGUAUGCAAAUAUUACUCUAAUGCUGCGGGCAGCAUGUUAUACUGUUCAUUAGAUGUCUUGUGAAAGUUCCUGUAUUAUCUGUAUGACUGACCUUUUGUAAAGAGAUGUAAAUUUGUCAUAUUCAGCUAACUGUAAAUUGUAUGUCCAUAAUGUAAAUACAUUUUGAUAUUCUUUGUGA